AUGAAGUCGUAUAGGUCCAAAGGGGAAGCUACUCCGCCGCAGUUGAAGGAAGCUGCCACGGAGGUCGACCUAUAUCAAUACGUCGCUCAGUCGUACAGAGCGUAUGAGCAAAUUCUCCACCAAUUACCGAGCAAGCAAAUCGCGACGACGUGCGAAAACCCAUGCGACGCCGAGUCUGAUCGCGGAUCAGACAGUGGCCGCCGGUCCGACCACGUUUUUCUGCCUCGAGAGGUAUCGGACGCCAUUGGAACGUAUUUGGAGAGCGUGCGUUGCCUCAGCUUUGAGCCACUUGAAGAGGCGGUAGAUCGACCAAGCGUUCGUGGAGGUUUCGGCGGCCUGCUCAUCAACCUAGGCCUUAUCUUCACGAAGGCAGCACAGGGCGAUCUGCAUGCCGCCCUGGAAAGAAUAGGCCGCUGCGUUGAGGUUUGCGAGCGAUAUCCUGGCUUGUGUCGCAGCACGGUGGGAUGCCACCUGGCCCACAUAGCGCUGGUAUCUCUCGCAGCGGUUGGUGGGUCCAGAGCUCAAACGAUGUAUGACAGGCUGCGGGGGUCCUACAACUCGUGUCGCCCUGCUGGCUCGCGGCCCGUACCCCCUUUGGAGGAGUGGGACCGAGUGGAUGCCUUCUGCGACGAUUCCUUUUGCAGGGCGAUGGACCUCGCUUCAGGCAAACUGAAGGCUCUCUCGGCACCACCCGUGGAUAGCAUUGACACCUGCGUGGAAGGGAAGGGCACGGACAGUGACAAGGGCGAGACCAUUUUCCAAGAAGGCUGGCAAACCCAGAGCGCCACGCUGCCAGCAUCCAACAUUCCCGAGAAGUAAGCACAUUGACGUGAGGCACCAUUUUCUUCGGAAUUUGACAGAAGAGGGAGUGUUGGAAAUCAGUCAUGUCGCUAGCGAAAGACAGCAUGCGGACAUCCUGACGAAGGCGCUGCCGAGAGAUCUUUUUGAAGUUCAUCGUAAUUUUGCUCUAGGCUCGAGAUCUGAGAAGUAGAUAGAGGUCUGAGUCGUGUUUUCAAUUUUUGCUAUUUCUGAUAUAUAUUUGGUCUGGUCGAGACAACAGCCCCAAGGGAGGGUGUUCGUGAUUAUUGCUGCUGUGUGUCGACAAGUAGCGCAGAACACUAACAGGAAGUUCAAAUAACGGGACUGUCGUUUGGUAGGAAUGUUUCUAGGAAUGUUCUUCGUGGAUGGUGUUCUCGGUAUGUCGGAUGGUUCAUAGACCCGAGCGUGUUCUCGGUAUGUCGGAUAGUACAUUGGUCCGAGUUCCAUGUUUUGUGUGUUGGUCGAGCGACAUGGCUGAUGCUGCGGUGCUCGCGCACCCAGCUCACUCCACUCUGCUACCCUGUCUCUCGACCCAAGGUCUCAUCAAUACAACAUAUUUUCCCCAGAAGCCACGAGUUUACCAACAUA